GCAAACCGGCAGUCCCAGUCCGCAGGGCAACGGCGCGUGCGAAUCAUCGCCAAGCGCACGCACACCUUGCACUCACGCGAUGCGCGCCGCACUAUUGUUCGAUUAACAAACAGACAAAAAACCACGGUGCAUAUUGAAACUAAUAAUAAUUUCGCGUGUGUAACUUUGGGGUGCACCAGCGCACGGCCGGAUUUAAAGCGCCGCCACCAGAGGUGCAGCGGCCACGCGACGCCACCCCCAUCGGGGAGGAGGACAGGGCGCUCAGCUACGCCUACAUAAUAAAUAGGAUAUUAGGAUAUUUUCAAGACUUGCAAACGGGACAAUUUGUCAGGACGUAAUUUAAGAUCAGGAUGACACAAAGAAGUGGCGGCGAAGGUAGCGGCGGAUGAGGGCUUGGGAGACCUACCGGCACGGCUAGCAGCGACGCGCACGCGCACCACCCGCAGCAGCAUCAGCAGAUGGUGGGCGAUCGCGACGGCGAUGGACUGGCCGUGCGGUGGGACGACUCAGCGGCGGGCGGCGGGGGCGGCGAGGGGGGAAUGUACCCGACCUCCUCGCCGCCACCGCCGCCCGCGCUUCCGCUGCCGAUGCAGCGUCCGUACUCGCGUUCGAUGUCCUCGCUGCCACCGGAGCCGUUCAUGAUCAUGCGCUCCAAGGCCGUCAAUCGGCGCGUGUGCAUUAACGUCGGCGGCGUGCGCCACGAGGUCCUCUGGCGCACGCUCGACCGUCUUCCGCAUACCCGUCUCGGGCGCCUGCGCGACUGCAACACGCACGAGACGCUCAGCGAGUUGUGCGACGACUACUCGCUCAUCGACAACGAGUACUUCUUCGACCGCCACCCGAAAUCGUUCAGCUCCAUCCUGAACUUCUACCGCACCGGAAAACUCCAUUUAGUCGACGAGAUGUGCGUGCUGGCGUUUUCCGACGACCUUGAGUAUUGGGGUGUUGAUGAGCUGUACCUCGAAUCAUGCUGCCAGCACAAGUACCACCAGCGUAAGGAACACGUACACGAGGAAAUGCGAAAGGAAGCCGAAUCGCUCCGACAGCGCGACGAAGAGGAAUUCGGCGAGGAUAAAUGCUCGCAGUACCAAAAAUGGCUGUGGGACACACUGGAAAAACCCACAACGUCCAUCACGGCGCGGGUGAUCGCCAUCAUAUCCAUCUUGUUCAUAAUCCUGUCGACGAUCGCGCUCACGCUCAACACGAUCCCGAGCAUGCAGAUGUUGGACGAGGCGGGCGCGCCCAUGGACAACCCGCAGCUGGCGAUGGUGGAGGUGGUGUGCAUCACGUGGUUCUCGCUCGAGUACAUCCUGCGCUUCGGCGCCUCGCCCAACAAGUGGAAGUUCUUCAAGGGCGGGCUGAACGUCAUCGACCUGCUCGCCAUCCUGCCGUACUUCGUCUCGCUGUUUCUGCUCGAGACGAAUAAGAACGCCACCGAUCAGUUCCAGGACGUGCGCCGCGUGGUGCAGGUGUUCCGCAUCAUGCGUAUCCUGCGUAUCCUCAAGCUGGCGCGCCACUCCACCGGCCUGCAGUCGCUCGGCUUCACGCUGCGCAACUCGUACAAGGAGCUCGGCCUGCUGAUGCUCUUCCUCGCGAUGGGCGUGCUCAUCUUCUCCUCGCUGGCCUAUUUUGCCGAAAAGGAAGAAAAAGAUACGAAGUUUAUCAGUAUACCGGAGACCUUCUGGUGGGCGGGCAUCACGAUGACCACCGUCGGCUACGGUGACAUUUAUCCGACGACGCCGCUCGGGAAGGUCAUAGGAAGUGUAUGUUGUAUUUGCGGUGUCUUGGUGAUUGCGUUGCCCAUUCCUAUCAUCGUUAACAAUUUUGCCGAAUUCUAUAAGAACCAGAUGCGCCGCGAGAAGGCCCUCAAGCGGCGCGAGGCGCUCGAGCGCGCCAAGCGCGAGGGCAGCAUCGUCUCCUUCCACCAUAUCAAUCUGCGCGACGCGUUCGCCAAGAGCAUGGACCUCAUCGACGUCAUCGUCGACACAGGCCACAACAUACCGGGGAUGGACGGGAUUAGCGGUAGCGAGGGCGGCGACUAUCAGCCGACGGCGACCGCCCAGCAGCCACUCCUCCAGCAGCAGCACGCGGCGACGGCGGCGCCGCCCCCACUCGCGCAAUCAGGUCACGCCCAUCAGCCGUUCAGCGAUGUAGCGUUGCGCCAUAGACGUAGCAACUCUUCCCAAGCACCCUGUCUUCCAAUCAAUGAUGGACCUCCAGUUCCAGUGUCGCCCCAACUGCAGCAACGCCUGGUGGAUCUUGCUCCGCCUGAGGAGCAUCAGUUGCAGUUGUGUGCAAUGGCGCCACUCGCACAGGGACGAAACAGUCCUCCUGCCCCCACUCCCAAAGGAUACAUAUCUCCAGGGGCGGACAGCAAAAAUACCGACUCGAACAAGAAUAAUAAGGUCGACAAAAUUGACGAGUUGCCUAGCGAAUUCGAAUGUUGCUUUUGCACCUCGAAGGAGUAUAAGGACUUCGUCGACGCUGAAGGAUUGAUGCCGACCGGCACCAGCGACUUCCGGCAGCCGGUGUGUUUCGAGAUGCGACAGCUGCGCAGUGCUGAUCUGAUGAACGCAGCUGGAUUCUUUGAUGAAGUGGACGUGCGCAAACCGCUCCUGCCGUACAGUAUACACGCUCUUAAUAACAAUAACAAUAACGGGGCUAACAAUAACCACGCGAGUAAUAACAACAACAACAAUAAUAAUGCUGAAAUGGGCAGUAUGGAUAGUUCGGAUACAUUCGCCAGUUGCCCAACGCAUCCGUUCCUCUCGCAGGGCGAUUUGACAUCUGACAUCGCCGAUGGGAGUUGUGCUAUUGAUAGUAAUCUCUAUGUAAACCCACUGGACAAGAGCGGUGAGAAUAGUCCGGAUGCCCCGAAGGCGGUGCGGCCUGCUGGCGGCGUUAAGAAGUCCGCUUCCGGUGAUACGGCGUUGCGGAACUUGGCUGCGUCGCCAUUAGACGACCAUUAUCGAGAUUUCGCCGCGCUCGAUAGAGGGAGCCGUGUGAGUCUCAACGAAUCGCCAUUACCACAACGACAGCGAAGGACGCGCUUCCAGCAGAGUCAUGGACGGCUGAAGGCGCGUUUCGGUGAUUCGUUGGAGAAUCGCGACUCGCAGGAGAGUCUCUCGCAGGAGCCGACGAAAAAGAAGCGCACGUCCUUUAUGCCAACGCGCGGCCUGGCGUCGGCGACGCGCAUUAUCAAUCAGCACUUGUUUGGCAUCCAGAGCAGCAUUGGCUCGCGUUCAGGUAAAAAUAGCAGCAGUAAAUCGUCGCUGUCAGUCGACUCGAUCGAUUCGCGCGCCUCGCCGCAGCUGGAGAGCAAUCGACGCUCCAAGUCCAUCCUGAAGAAGUCCGACAGUAGCGGGUAUCGCAGUGCGACAGAUCCGGAAAGUGAGCGGCUUAUCUCCGAUGGUGCUUCGGCUGGUGGCGCUGAUGGACAAGGCAGUGGUGGAGAAUCCUCGCCACAUAAAAGAAUGUCUUCACCGCCUGCGGUGCGUGGCAUGGCGACGGUGGCGCCACAUCGUAGAGUAACGCGUCUGCCACCUCCGCCACCCGCCUAUCAACAACAAGCUGAGAGUGGAAUGCGAGCGAUGACUAUGACAAUGAAAUCGCCGCUUUUCUUACUCGAUGAUAUUAUGCAAACGCAGGCACCGACGCAGGCGCAGACAACGCGUCGCUCUCAAGGAGCAGGAUCACGGCAUGGUCAAGCGGUGAAAUACAGCACGGGCGAUACACCGCUGUAUAUUUGCCCACCACCACCGCCAAUGGAAGAUUCCUCGCCCACAGAAGAGACUAAAUUACUCACCGGAGGCGGUGGUAUGUCCACGUCGACUACUGGAAGUGGUGGACGUGGGAUGAAGAACAACGUCGGCGGUUCACAGAAGCGACACAACGCGUCCGCUUCGUAGCAGUGGCGUUACGCGUUUGUACUUUGAUUUCGAUGAACAAUGUGUGCGUGUGCGACAACGACAGCCAAAUGCAAUACCAGAUGGGAUGAUUUUGUCUGUGAUUUUGUGGAACGCAUGACAUGGACUAUGAUUUUGUGAACGAUUAUCUAGCAUCUAAGUCAUUUUGCCAUUUUUGUGCUUUAUUCGCAUCGUUAAGGACAAUUUUUGUCGCUAAAUUGUAAAACUUGUACAUAUGAACCAACAAAAAGUCCCAUUACAAAUACUAUACACAUUCCUACUCAAAAUAUAUUAAAAAUGGAGUAAUACGACAAGUGAAAAGCAUAAAGAAGGGAACGUAAUGAAGCGAUUAUUUUUGAAUCGAGGUUAUUAUAGUUUUAAUUCGAAAGCACUGAAAAAAUUGAAUGGUUACUAGUUACUACUACGAACAAAAAUCUUAAAUUAUAAAUUUUUAAACAAAACGUUAGCAAUACAUUGAAAAAUGAGACGAGAAAGUAAUCCAGUAGUGUUUGAAAACUUAUAAAAGUUGUAACGGAGGAAGUAAAUUCGGAAUAUGUGACUUAGGAAUGAAAAGUACGGCACUGAUUGUAAAUGAUUUUGUUUUUGUCUUGGUUUGGUUGAGAAAUAUGAAGUGAUUAAUGUAGGAACAUUGCACAAACGAGACGUAAUGACACAAUCAAAUCUUCAACGAAUUUUUUCAACUUUUUGCCACUCGCAAACAUAUGUCACGCGCGCGCCAGUAAUUUAUAAUCUUAAUUUCGUGAAAGCAGACGUCGUUGAUUUCCUUUUGUUCGAACACACGAAACAGAAUGAUACACACACACGAAAGUCAAUUCAAUUCGCAAACUUUAAAGCAGAAGAAGAAGAAAUUACAAAACGAUAAUAUAAAUAAAUGUAAAUGUAAUUGUAUAAUGUGUAAUUACAGAUUUUAACUACGUAUUAAGAACACAAACACAGAAUAUAUGAAGAUAUAUUUAGAAUAUAUUUAAAAAAAGAUGAAUGACGUGAGGAAAAAUCGACAAAUCUGCUUUUACUCUGAUCGACACAGAAAAUCAAAUCGCAACAAUCAAUUUGCAAUUGUUUUGCCGAUUGCAAUUACAAUAAAACAUAAAGAAUAAAACUCGCACGAAUCAAGCAGCGCACUGGUGUUGAUGCAAAUCACAAUAAUGUAAUUAUAAUAAUCCGGCUGAGCAAACUGAUUACUUGAGUGUGUAUGUUGCCAUUGUUGUGUUUGCCUUCAUGUGGAGAAACAAACUUAAUUCUGUGACUAUUAUUAUUACAUACUUUGAACAUUCCGUUUUGUUGGAAAGUGCGUACGCUUGAACGUUGUUAUAUUAAUUUUAUUCUGUACACACGAAUUCACACCGCAAUGAAUGUUAACUGCUAGCAGACGAUUUGUGCAGCACCCUAAAGACGCAAACGAGAAGGAGUCAAAGUUCGCAGAAUCCACUGCCGUUUUUUUCAUGGAACGCCGCAUAAAAGUUUUCAUGAAUCUCUCUAACUCUAACUCUAUAACUAAAGAAAAAAAAACUCUCUCUCGGCAUGAGUCAUGAUUCAUGUUCACGUUCACACAUUUUUGUAUGUUACUAGCGAUAAAAAACGAGUAGCGGUGAAUAUUCGACUUUCAAGAACUAAAUAGGAACAAGAUUCACGUUGAUUUGUUAGCCAUAUACAUAUCUAACCAUGGGGACGUUUUGCAGCGUAUGAUUCGGUCAAGGGGGGGAUUAACAUUCGGAAUUGAAUGCAAUUGAACACAAAACCAACGCGUAGAGAGGCUGAUCACAAACGGCAUUGUUGUAAGCGCAUCAAUUACAUGACAUAUACAUAAAUAAAUGAAUCGAUACUAUGUAAAUGUUGUUACAAUCGAAUAAAAACUAAUUUACUGUUGAA